GGAACUUUGAUCAAAUGUGCAACCCCCUCUUGUAUUUGAGUCAACAUGGGGAAAGCUUGGCAUGUCCAGUCGUCAUUCCAUCGCCAUUCGUGUUCAAGAAUCACAAGGUGACUGUCUUGGACUGGCCACCUGUCUUCCCUGAAACCACGACCAGUCAAAAUUUAUCAUGGGAAAGUCGAGGCCAGCAACGUCCGGCUAUGCCAGAAUUGCCCAGGCAGAAGAGGAGGACGACGAUUCAUACCAUUCCGACGAGGACAUUCACCAAGGCCAGUCCCGCAUCUCGGUGGAUGCAGACAGUACGACGUAUGCGCCAAUACAACCGAAGCGACGUGAGCGUAUGGACCUGCCCGAUGGUCGACCUUCCAAUCACCGACGACGACGUACAAACUCUGGAGUUGACAUCAAGGCCAUCAAUGCCAGGUUGGAGAAGUGGGCCGACGAGAUCGCUCAGAAGUUCAAGAUUCGCAAAGUCAAGGGCAAGUCGCAAGAGGAGGAGCAAUUAGAGAUACACCAUUCCGUGUUCCAGGCUCCUGACUGGAUCAGACCGGCCACAGCCGAGACACCGGCAACCGACCUCGACGAGCCCAACGAUGACAGAAUAUCCAAGAUUGAAUUCGACGACAUUGUUGAGAGCGUCCGGGUCGCCAUUGAGAUGGGCAUGCAGCCCAAACUCAUCUCUCAGGGAAGUUCUGGAAGUUACUUUGCGAGGAACACGUCUGGCAAAAUCGUUGGUGUUUUCAAGCCAAAGGACGAGGAACCGUACGCUUCCAAGAAUCCAAAGUGGACAAAAUGGAUACAUCGAAACCUCUUCCCCUUCUUCUUCGGACGCGCAUGCCUUAUUCCCAAUCUCAGUUACAUCUCUGAAGCGGCCGCCUAUGUGUUGGACAGUCGUCUACGGACUCAUCUUGUACCCUAUACCGACGUCGUCACUCUGUCUUCCAAGGCCUUCUUCUACGACUUCUGGGAUAGGCGAGCGCAUUACCGCAAAGGCAAGCCAUUUCCUGAGAAGCAAGGUAGUUUCCAGGUCUUCCUCAAAGGCUUCAAAGACGCGAACAUCUUCCUCAAGGAGCACCCAUGGCCCGAUCAACAUAACUCAGGCUUCCGAACAGAUGCUGCGCCCAAGCGAAGGAAGCGAAGAUGGGGAGAGGACUGUCGACCCAGAGGUGCACCUUCCGAUGAUGAAGACGAGGAUGUCGAGGGGUCUCAAGCACCUUAUACCGACCGACAACGCUCUCGUAAUGUGUUCUGGACGCCCGCUCUUCAACAGUCAUUCCGCGAGCAGCUUGAAAAGCUUGUCAUUCUCGAUUACAUCAUGCGCAACACCGAUCGAGGACUUGACAACUGGAUGAUCAGGAUCGACCAGCAGAGUCAGGAAGCCGAGAUUGUUAUAGAACCUCCCAACAAGCCAAAAGAUGGACAAGCCGACCCUUACAAACGACAAGAAAACAUGAGCACAGGCGGCCCAACUAGUUCACGACCAAAUGCCACUGUGACUCUUGGUGCCAUCGACAAUAGUUUGUCCUGGCCUUGGAAGCAUCCUGAUGCUUGGAGAAGUUUCCCAUUCGGCUGGCUUUUCCUACCUGUUUCCUUGAUCGGUCGUCCGUUCUCGGAGAAGACCAAGCAGCACUUCCUUCCUCUGCUUACGUCAAAACAAUGGUGGAGUGAAACGCAGAUCGCGUUGCGUAAAUGCUUCGAACAAGACGCCGAUUUCCAGGAGAAAAUGUUCGCUCGUCAGAUCGCCGUCAUGAAAGGACAAGCCUGGAACGUCGUGGAGACUCUAAAGACACCGGACCACGGCCCUCUGGAAUUGACGAGACGUGCUCGUGUUUGUGUCUGGGAUGACCUUGUAGAGAUUCCAGUGGCCGUUCCCUUACGUCCUUCCAACGAUAUUCGCCAUAAGCACACCGACGUUGUCAAGGUUCCAGGAAUCAGAGAGGAAGAAGAGAUGGAUAUCAGUGCUGCUUAUGCUUCAGCACCUCCACUGCACACCGAUCUUCUUGGCCCCGAUCCUGCGCAAAACAACCGGUUUAACAUCUCGCGACAGGACAGCAGUGGCGACGUCCGACGCAGUGAUGACAGCAACACUCCUCUUUCGCCCUCCAGUGUACAAGGUUUCACAUUCGAUAACGCCAAAGAGUCCAGAUUUGCACGCCCUGUUGCCAUUCGCUCCAAGUCAAGGCUCAGUCUCGACGAGACGAGAAGACUAUUUGACAAUCUUGGGGAACGUCGGAGAUUCUCCUUCGCUCUGGGAAAGAGAAACGAUGAUCUUGAUGUUGGUGAUGAUGAUGCCGAUCUGGAUGGCGACCUCGGUUUCGCUGCAGCAGAAGAUCAAGAUGGUUACAGGAGAAAGGUGAUUGUCGAAAGGAUUGAGAUGGUCAAGGGCAGGGCACCUGUCUUCACUUGGUGCUAGUGUUACGUGUUAACGGCGUUUCGGAUCUGGAUUGGGGCAUGGGAAGCUCAAAGACAUGGGUAGGCGGCAUUGCAAGGCGCUGUACAGAUACCACGUGUAUACCUAGGAUACCUGAAAUGAAUGAAUGAUGACAGUCUCUUGACGGGAUGGCUCUGGCCAAACAGCGA